CCAUAUGUCAUAGCAUUAUAUUGGAUAAAAAGUUUUAGUUCGAUUCGGUGCAUCCUAAAUUCACUCACCAAUCAUCUCUGUCAUCUUCCUAGAUCCGGAUAUUAUUUCAUUUUGCUAUUUGCUAGUCACUCGCCAGUCGACAUUCACCGUGGACAGCUAUCACCAUGAGUUACUGGAGGRCCGCUGGAUUAAACUAUGUUAAUUAUUCCAACAUCGCUGCAAAAGUUGUACGAAGGGUGUUGAAACCAGAACUCCAAGCCAAUGCAGCUAAACGCGAUGAAACACACGUAAAAUUCACCCCAUGGGUYAAGGGAAAGCCAUCCAGCCAGUGUGUAUCAGCAGCAAUUUGAACUGCAGUUGAAUCUGAACCUAGGUCAUCAAUACCAGCCUUCCAAUGAACAAAUCCUCCAUAAAUACUUCUACAUGCACUUCCACUACCUUGUCUUGCAAUAGAUGGUAAAUCUUCAUCAACCAAGCCAAAAGCAUUAGCCAAUGUAUAAACUGUUAAAAAUAUUUAAAAUCAUUAGAAAUUUUUUAAGGCUUAA